UGCAAAAAUAUAUGUUACCUAUUAUUGCUGUACCAAUGUUCGUUGAUAAAUGUGAAGAAAAAAGUUUUACUCUGUAGAUACAAAGUCUAUCUCAGAAAAUAAAAAGAUUACAAUCACCCAAUAUUGGUACAACGCGCAUAAACAACACUUUUAACGAUGGGCGCUGAUGACGAAGUAAAAAUCGAUCACCUGCCACUUAGUUUCGAAAUACCUCCCGAAAACGAAGAUGAGCGCAGUAAACGCUUGGAGAUUGAGGAAAAACUUCUGGAGAACCCAAACAAAAAUAUUCCACUGAAAGAGCUGUGCAAGUUGGCUCUUAGUGAUUAUGGCUUGGUAAACGAUGACCUAAGACGGAUUUUAUGGCCACAAUUAGCUGGUGUGGAUGUACAUAGCUUAGAGCGCGCACCCACUCUCGAUGAGCUGCAAAGUCACCCGGAGUACAAUCAAGUUGUGCUGGAUGUGAAUCGCUCACUUAAACGGUUCCCGCCGGGUAUUCCCUACGAACAACGUAUAGCAUUGCAGGACCAGUUGACAGUGCUUAUACUGCGUGUAAUCAAUAAGUACCCAAAUUUGCGUUAUUAUCAAGGCUAUCAUGACGUGGCCGUCACAUUCCUAUUAGUCGCUGGGGAAGAAGUGGCAUAUGCCAUAAUGGAACAGCUGUCCACCACACAUUUUUCCGAAUGCAUGGAGGAAACCAUGGAGGCAACUCAGCGGCGGCUCAUGUUUAUGUGGCCUGUGGUGCAGUUUGAAAAACCUGAACUCUUUGAAUUUCUGCAACGCUCAUCAGUGGGCACACUUUUUGCGCUGCCUUGGUAUUUAACCUGGUUUGGACACAGUCUGAACUCAUACAAGGAUCUAGUGCGAUUGUACGAUUAUUUUCUAGCCUCACCCAUGUACACAGCUAUAUUUGUAACAGCCGCUAUACUAUUAUACCGCGCGGAUGAAAUAGUGAAAGAGGAUUGUGAUAUGGCGUCUGUGCAUUGCCUUCUUUCCAAGCUGCCAGAUGAUUUGCCGUUUGAAGAUAUUUUGAAAACGUCGAGUAAACUAUAUGAUAAAUAUAGUUUGACUGUCAUAGAAAAGAAAGUGGAGGAACUUAUACGCUUAGAGAAAGAGCAGCGUCAACUGGAGGAAAAGCGAAAACGUAUUUCUCGCGCAGCAGCUUCCAAACCCAGCUAUAGCGCGAGUAAAACAUGGUUUAUGAAGAUAUUAACACCGAAAUCAGUGAUUGUGACUACGGCUAUAUCGAUUGUUGUUGGCGUCUGUGCGUAUUACUACAAGAAUCAAUAUUUGGCACCAGGUAUCAGCUGAGUAAGCGAGUAUCUACAGCCAUCGCUGUACUAUUUUAUACGCUCUGGAUAUGGAAAUGCGCACCCAAAAUGGGGCUGCCUGCUUGAAGUUUGCCUUUAUUAAAAAAUGUAUAUACCUAAGUUAAGCAAAAAUACACACGAAACUCCAAAGAAUUGUCUGGAUAAUUCGCUUAUAAAAUAUUUUAAAAUGCAUAAA